AUGAAAAACCCGUUCUCUUCCGCGCCCAAAAAAGAGCUUCCCAGCGACGAGCCGCCUCCAUACGAGCAGCUGGAAGCAAUCCACAGCCCCGAAAAAGGGGAUCAAAAGGUCCCGGAGGCACCCCUGUAUUCUGAAACAUACGGGCCUAACGAGUACCCGCCCGAAAAAGGGGGGCCUCCGGUUGCGCCCCGCCCAGACUGGCAAAACGGCAAUACCAGCAGCCCGGGCCACGUGCCGCCGGGUACCUACACCUACACUGUGGCGCCACAAACCGCCAACAUUGCGUACGAUAUCGAGGGUAGAAACGCCCGCCCCGGGUACGCACAGUACUUGCAAACGGACGCCCAGAGAAUCGCCCAAGGGGACGCGCCUAAACCGCGAGAGGCGUUUGGUCGGGGCGGCGCUCCUUUGGCGCCCAGCAAGAAAAGCCUGGGUCAGUCGGGCGGCUUUCCUGGCGCGCUGGGCCCUACCUAUUACGACUCUUCCCGCAAAUGA